UUCAGCAAUCCCCAGUUGGAAAAGCGACCAGAUUGAAAGUUACAGGGUUCUGGAGGUCCUCAAACAGCCAUCAGACAGGAGGAGCUGUCAGGAGAGACUGACGCGUUUCACCGCAUCAAAUGUUGUAAAUAUGGCGUGACGUGGGACCUUUAGCGGGUCCCACGGCAGAGCUAUUUCUGCAAGAGUCAUCAGUAUCUAGGCAUCUUAAAUCUGAGCUUAAACUGGUCCAGCUUCCAAGGAGUUCAGUGGACAGCGAUUUUCACCCACGGGGCAUUAUCUAGGACACCAGGCACAGAGGUCCAAACUAUUACACCCAAUCCAACCCAUAACAUGGAAGAAGCCACAAGCCAAAGCAUGGAGGAAGACUUUGAAGGACAGGCCACACACACAGGACCCAAAGGAGUAAUCAAUGAUUGGCGAAAGUUUAAAUUAGAAAGUGAAGAUAGUGACUCAAUACCACCCAGUAAGAAAGAGAUCCUCAGGCAAAUGUCUUCUCCUCAGAGCAGAGAUGAAAAAGACUCAAAAGACAGAGUCGGCAGAAAGAUGAGCAUCCAAGAAUAUGAGCUCAUUCAUCAGGACAAAGAAGACGAAAACUGCCUACGCAAGUACCGCAGACAGUGCAUGCAGGACAUGCAUCAGAAGCUGAGCUUUGGGCCUAGGUAUGGGCUUGUGUACGAGCUGGCAACAGGGGAGCAGUUCCUAGAGACCAUUGAAAAGGAGCAGAAGGUCACCACAAUCGUGGUGACCAUUUACGAAGACGGCGUGAAGGGCUGUGAUGCACUCAACAGCAGUUUAGCCUGCCUGGCCGCGGAGUACCCAAUGGUCAAGUUCUGUAAGAUAAAAGCUUCCAAUACCGGUGCCGGGGACCGCUUUUCCCCGGAUGUGCUCCCCACCCUGCUUGUCUACAAAGGUGGGGAGCUCAUCAGCAAUUUUAUUAGCGUUGCUGAACAGUUUGCUGAAGAAUUUUUUGCUGGAGAUGUGGAGUCUUUCCUAAAUGAAUAUGGAUUACUACCAGAAAGAGAGAUGCACCACCUAGAGCAGACCAACAUGGAAGAUGAAGAUGCUGAAUAAGCAUUCUCUGUGUCAGGCUCUCAGCUGUCCUUUACACAGUGAACACAGGCUUUUGGUAGUAUCUAUAUUCCUUUAGCAAACACUAAAUAUGACCAUGCUAUCCAAAUUUGGGGGAAAGACACUAAAAUUAUGCUAAUAGAAUUUUUUAGUAUUAGCUAUCCAAGUUGAGAUAAUAUUUUGCUGCAAAAAUAUUAAAGUUCUUAACAAAUGCUUAACAAACAGAGGAGGUGGAUGAUGUUGAUGUUAUUUCACUUUUAAAAUCCUUUCAAGAUACGUGUUAGCUUUUUUACUCCUUACUUUUUCCCUUGGCAUUUUUAUUUGAGCUUUUGAAACUGAGUACUACUUAUGAACUGACUUGUAUGAUAAGAAUAAAAUCAUAUGAAGAAAUAAAUAUUCUGUGUAAAGUC